AUGGAUAACACUGAAUUCCUAUUUUAUUUGCCUUGUAAAAAUAGCCUAAAAUUGAACGGAGAAGUGGUCGACUUUGAGCCAAUAGUUCGCUCACGUCUAAGGCACCGACCGUUGAAGGGAAGUCAACAACUCCACGUAGGUUGCCAGUCGUCCACCGCCUGUCUCUGUCAAAACGGCGGAGCGUGUGUGGAUGGCGAAUGCAACUGUUUGGCGACAGCGUUCAGUGGAGAGCUUUGCCACAUUCCCGCAAGGAUCUUGGAGUUCGACAAAAAGCAUCAAUUGCGAUUACGAUUUCCACUGCCGCAUCGACUUGAAUCGACAGAGAUUCAGUUCGCCUUCAAAACACGGACUCGCAAUACCACCAUUCUCUCCUCCUAUUCUCAAGGAUCUUUUGUCCCCAUGGCACAAUUUUUCAAUGUCAUCCAACCUGAUGGAAUUCGUGUGGACCUUGUGGAUGGACUUCCAGUUGUUAUGGUGAUGUUAGACGGUAGAGAAAAUGUUAGUCUUGGACGAAAUUUUAACACAUUUAUUAAUCCCUUCCCAUCCACAAUGUUUAAGCAUGUCCAAAAGUUGAAAAUUGCAGAUCAAGUGGCCAAUGAUGAGUGGCAUGCAUUGCGUAUUCUGCGAACCGCCUCCCUACUGCGAGUUCAUUUGGAUGAAAAAGUUUAUGAAAAAGGAUUGCCAGAAGGCGGAUAUCAAUGGCAGACGGAGAAUGAGACAACGAUUUAUGUUUGUCUCGGUGGCACUGAUGCUACACACCAAUUGGAGGUUCUCGAGGUGAGAAACGUGAUGAUGCGCGUUCAGGAGAUCAAAGUUGGCCAAAAGUCAACCACCAUCACUUCACCCUUUAUUGGUCAAAUUCGACACUUUACAUUCAAUGGAGUGGAUCCGCUUGCAGAGCCCGAAUACCUCGUUGAAACGCCUCAGUUAAAGGUGGCGCCUCCGGUCCUCCUUAUGGACGUUCAGCCGGCAAUAACUCUUAAGACUCCGGACUGCUUUUUGCGUCUACCACGAUUGAAUAUCUACGGCGCCUUUCAAUUAGUGUUUGCGUUGAAGACAUAUCAAGAAGACGGUGUGGUGUUGUUCAACUCUGGAGGCGGUGAUUUUCUUGCGGUAGAGCUUGUACGAACUCAGCUAACCAUCUCCUUUGAUAUGGGUCAUGGGGCCACUCUUCAGCAUCAAAGAAUUGGACGAGGAUUCCUAAGCGAUGGAAACUGGCAUCAGAUUAUUAUUUCGAGGAGUGGCCAAAUGGAUGAAUUUCUGCGUGUCCAAAUCAAGUCAGAAUUUGGAGACGAGGAGGAUCACAACCUAACCAUUCCAUCUAUGACCACAGCCCGAAAUUUCAACUUUAACGAGCCCCUCUACCUUGGUGGCAUUCCCAACGAGGUGCGACUUCGUUUCUCAGAGAAAAUAAUCUCCAAGCAUGGAAUUCAGGGUUGCAUUGGUGGAUUUGGUGUUAACAAUCAAACGCAAAUGGACAUUGAGGCGUUGGCAGAGGUGACAAUGGGUGAAAACAGGACGAGUCCGGUAUGCAAGUGGCAGGUGGUCCAGGGAUGUCUGGAACGACCUGCAGAUGCACCGACGUGCAUUGCUUUUGCUCAACAGCGACGACUGCCCUACUGCCUCAACGGUGGUGUCUGCUUGCAUGUCUGGGCGUCGCUAAGGUGCUCGUGUGAAAUGACUACAUUUACUGGCAAUCGGUGCCACUUGCCCGGAACCUCAUUGAAAUUUGGCACUUCCACAGGGGACAGGAGAGGAAGUGCAGCCUUUGUGAAAUACACAUACCUACAUGAUCAACAAAACACGAACCGAGAGGAGAUUGCUCUGGGUCUUCAAGUUGCUCACGCGUUCUCCCCUUCUCGCUACAGUCUGCUGUAUGUGGACACUAGACAGGGAAAUGUCGACUUCCUUCACAUCUACCUAGAUUCGGGAAUAGCUAAUCUUGUCUUCAACAUGGGUGGCGGUGUGGUUCAAAUGAAGGAGCAACGACGACGUCUGAAUGAUGGCAACUAUCAUCGCAUUCGUGUCUUUCGACAUGGCCUCGCAACCCUCCUUGAAGUGGACGAAUUGACUACUAAGCACAUUUCAAAUGGUACGAUUGGAAGUCCGAAGUUGCAAAAAAAAAACGUUCAAGUAAUUCAAGUAGGCUGGACUAUGUACGCUUGCAUUGAAGGUCCACACGGAGAACAAUUCAACGAUCAGCAUUCAAUUUGGUUGGGUCACGCUCCUGCCAUGGAGAACUACACUGACGCCUUUCGAGGUGUUCUUUCAGGCAUGUUUAACACAUUUCUUGAAUUACAUCUUAAAGAAGAAGACAUUAACGGCGUAUUUUACAACGGUCUUCCUCUAUCCGAUCUGGCAGCAGGUCUGUCGCAUCGAGCUGAUGUGCAUGUCACCAGACACUCCGACAUCCAGUAUCUGGCCAACUUCAAAAUUAGCCUCUCUCCUGACUCCUUCUUUCGCCAGUUACCAAAUGCAGACCUUGCCAAUGCUGAAGGCACCUCCUAUCAUGACGAUGAAGCGGCACUGAAUGCUGGCGAGGUGAUCGGCCUCCCGCCUCCCUUCUUUACCGCCACCACCACUGCCAUCGAAUCCCUCGGUUUCCAGUCUCACCGCGAAUGGAUUCAGUUUCCACCACGGACACGCCCAUCCACAGACGACUCUGUUUCCCUCCCUCUUCAGAGUCACGUCAACACAUGGCUCCUUGUAUGCCUAGGCGCUGCAGGUCUAGUCCUCACAAUUGCUCUCCUACUCCUCCUUGUACACUGUCUUCAACGUCGCCGAAGGCAGCAAAGAAAUCACCAGCGUCCAACUCGACUCCAAGAGCAGGCUAUCAUUGAGAGGAUCGGACAACAUCGAAUUCGUGCCGGAGACCAGUUUAAAACGUCACAAAAGAUUAACAUAGAGCCUGUAAUGCCACCGGGCCAACCACCCGUUAGUUACGUCGCCUUCUCUGAACCCUCCUUGGAAGAAUUCAUUGCUCUGCCUGAAGAGCAACUGUAA